AUGAAGCGUGAACCGGGUGCAAUUGUGACCGAACAGCCGCAUCCUCUCAUAAAACACGUAUACUUUGAUCCUGCAAUGUUGCCGUAUGUGAUGGCGUCCCAUUGCACACGCUGCCCCGGAAAGGUGGAAGAGAAGAAGACUUGCAAAGGUAACGAGCAAACAAUUUUUAGAAUCCAACCUGCCUUGGUCAAGGGUAAAUGCAUUUCAAAUCAGACCAAGAUUGUGAAAAAGUUCACCUGUCCAGUGAAGCCUGUUGUCGAAACUGUCUGCACCGCCUGCCAGGGCAUCCAAAAGGUCUACAAGUUCGAGGCCAGGGAGUGCAAAUGCAGCAAACUACUGGUGACAACAAGAAAAGUCAAAUGCUGUGAGUCAUCUUCUAUCUACCCUAGGCCCGCCAGCAUGCACACAAAGACCCAGGGUCUUGAACAUGAUCUGUUUGUUCUGAGUCUUAAGCUUAUCAAGCUUGAAAGAAAGUUGGCCCUAUAG